AAGAAUUUCACUGUGACAUACAUCCAGCAGAUAUGUCAACCCUGAAUUAUUCCAUCUGUCCAAUCACAUUAGUUUUUGCAUGCUUGGUCAUCCUUCACUUGCUCUCCAAUUCUGGAAUUAAUGCUGCUAAUGAUCAAAUGCAUGGAGCAUCAAGUACGGGAAGUGAAGGGAAAGCUCUUUUAACAUGGAAAGCCAGUCUUGACAAUUAUAGCCAAUCUAAGUUGUCAUCCUGGUCAUCUUCUGCAAGUCCUUGCAGCACUUGGAUUGGAGUUCGAUGCAACAAAGCUGGACGAGUAUCAGUGAUUAACAUCACUAGUUCUGGCAUCAAAGCUGGAGCAAAACUAUCUUACUGGUCGUUUGCCCCAAAAUAUUUGCAUUGGUAGCUCACUGACGAGGUUC